CCGGCCGGGUUGCCAUGGCGCUCUGUCCCGCCCCUCGCUCUGUGUUUACAUCGGGCAGGAGGAGCCGGGGACUCCGCAGCGGUCGCGUCCCGCUCCGUGCGCUGCUGCGCUCCAUCGGCCCCGAGCUGCGGGAGGGCAAGAGCGCGCCGGCAUGAAGGGUCCCAGCUUGGAAACGCAGAUGGUGGAAGAUGAAGCUGAGACAACCAGUGAAGAACUGCCCCCUCAUCUGCGGGAGGAGCCUCCUGAAGAUGGGGAAACUGAAUCACAGAGCAGGAAAGAGAUUUGUCCAAGGUCAACUAGCAGACUCCAGCAAGGACCAUCCACAACAGCAGGCGGGAGUGAUCUGGAGAGUGACGGGCGGCCUGUUCAGCAUCACGCGGGGAGCUGUGGGGGCGACGUUGGGAGGAGUUGCCUGGGUUGGCAGCAAGAGCCUGGAACUCACCAAAACAGCUGUGACCAGCGUCCCUGCCGCCAGUGUUGGACUGGUAAAGGGCGGCGUCUCGGUGGUGACCAGCGGCGUGGGAGCUGUGGGCAGUGCCGUUGCCAACAAAGUCCCUUUCACCACAAAGAAGAAGGACAAGGCUGACUAACCCUGAUUACAGCUUCCUUACAAAAGAUCAGUCCAUACGCUCCCUCUCCACAGCACCUCUUCAGAUUGGAAACAGCCACCUCAGGGAGGGGGCAAAGCACCAGUGCAGACUCCAGCUACAGCCCGCUCAGCACCACCUGCCUGGCUCAGAGCUCACAGAGUCACUGCAAAUUCCUUUCACUCCUAUCACCCCCUGGGGGUCCACUCUCCUCCGAGGGCUUUGUAGGCACAGCUGUCUCUACCCUGCAGUUUCCUUCCCCUUUCUUACUCUCCCGAGCCCAGAGGAGUGGGAGUGGGAACUGGGAGAUGGCAGGGGGUGGGUGGGAAGAACUGUGCUCCAGCAUGAAGCCCACACAUGCUCCUGAUGUUCCUUUCGUUGUAUUUAGUUAGGGUUCCGCUUCAGGCCCCUGGGAGGUAUUCUUAAGGUUUGCUGGGGGGAAGAGGGAAUUGUUAUAACAAAGUCCCAUUAACAUGAAGAAGAGAUACUAUGGCUAACGAAGGCUUGUUCCUCCCCGAGAGAAAUGGAGGGGAGUACCCAUGUCCCCUUGUCUAUAGGUCUAUAGGUCUUAGUCCCCAAGCUGGUCCUCCCAGCUCUGGGCACUCAGGCUGUGUGCGCCCUUGGAAGAGGGACCCCUCAGCCCUAACAGAGCAGCUCUCACGGUGAUAUCACACGAGUAUGUUGUACAAACUGGAGCAGACUUCCUAGUUUAGGGGUGAAUGGAGGAGGGAAUCUCUGUGUCUGUAGCCUGCGGGGGAGGGAGUACCAGGUCACCAUAGCGCCAGAGUCAGAGGCACCAUUGCAACGUCACAGCAGGGAGGCCAAGCCCCUGUAAUGUUAUAGCAGGAGGCAGCACUGCUGCCAUAAUGUUAUGGCAAUAGGCAGCCAGUGCAGCUUCAGCAGUAAGGGGCACCAAUGCUUUUGUCACAAGUGAUGCAAACUUGGCCUUAAUGUAAGCGGGUGCAACCUGCUGAAGUCAUUGGCGUUUCUCCCAUGCACAGCAGAGUCAGUUUGGCUCCAUGCCUUGCUCACGGUACCGCUCCUCAGCUGUGUUAAAGAACAUAUGUUUUAAAGGUGGGGACCCUGGUUUGCCUCCACGGGAUGUAAUGUUAAACCCUGGCAAAGCAUGUUUCUGAACCUCAUUUGAGUCCUGCAGUAGGGGUUAGCCUACGACACCAUUCUUACUAUGGCUUGGCACCUCAAAGAACAGCUCCCUGAGGUGUGGUGGCAUCAUUGUGAGCACACAAGCCUGCUUUAGAGAAUGAUUUCCCUGGAUUAGUGGGAGUACACUCCGAAGCCGGUGAGCGUAGAGCUAAUGCACAAUGCAUCAGCAAUUCGUACACCACACGCUACUCAUGGGGUUCCAACCUGCCUCAGUAGAACGAGCAUGUGGCACUAAAUAGUCAUCCUGUGUUCUUUACCCAGAAACUAAGUCUGCUGCUGCCUCUCCAUCCUACCCACUCAUGGUGUUCCAGGUGUCACAUGAUUCUCUCUGUCUCUGUCUCUCUCCCUGAGUCCCCGGCAAUCCCCAGGAUUAAUGGGAUAAGGAAAGCCCCAGGUUCCAGCAUUAACUCUGCCUUUCCUGGCUUUUGUCAGGUUUUUUGCCUAGAUUGUUAGGUUUUGGGGUACAUAGAAAAGUGACGCAGUGUUUGCAAUGUAUUUUAUAAAUAUGCAUCUAUAUUAGCAUGUGUGUAUGUAAUCUGCAGUACACAGGCAUGUUUUCAACCAGGUAAACUAAACUGUGCUACUGCUGCAGACCUGUUUACAUAUUCAUCUUUGGCAGUUCCAGCAUAUAGUUUUUUAUAUAGGGACGCUGGCCGAAUAAAAAGAAUGUUUUAGAAGAUGUUUUUCCCUGUGUUGCCUAAUACUUAGUUUAUUAAAACCAAAAGAAUGUUUAAAAAUCUCCUUUA